AUGGAUGAUACUAAUCAGUAUAAUUUAGGGUUCUCUACAAGAACCGCUCUCAUUAAGUUACGAGAUGACAUUCGAACUGUUGUUGAAGAACAUAAACAGAAGAAUCGGAUGGGGUUUUCUGUUAUUCACAAUAUUAUAUCAUUUUCGUCAGAGAAAGUACUACUAUCAGGAGUGGCCUAUACUGUGACUAUAAUUAGUAUAAUAUGCUUAAUAUUAACAUAUCUUAUUGGUGAAACUUUAUUAGCACAAACUUAUUUACUUUGGGAAGCUCUUUUCUUGUUUAUUUUGUUAGCAAUAAAUUUUAUUAUUGCAUUACAUGAAGAAUACCUGUACAGAAAUGAAAUACCUUAUAGAGUAAAAAAAGUCUUAGAAACAUUGGAUGAUGCUAUUGAUAAAUGUCUAUGGAAAGAAAAUCAUUACCCCCACUUAUGUGCUCCAUUUUCUCCAUGUGUAAUUCUACAGUGGACUUACAGGGAUGGUAUUAUUGUAAAUCUACCAUGGGCUCUUUUGGUGGAGGGUGAUAUAAUUGUACUUAGACCAGGACAAGAAGCUCCUGGACACUGCAGAGGCUUGGAGCCAGAUGAUCCUGAAUUGUUUUUUGGACAGAUAUUUUUAUCUGGGCCUCAGACAAAAGAAAACUUUACUUUGCCAAGGGUUAGAACACCACAUCCUAAUAAAGCUUAUAAAAUGAAUGAAACACCUUAUUUAAAAAAUAUCAAGCUAGCUCUAGAACAAGCAACUACAAGACCGGUCACAAUGUUUGAAAAACAGAGGUAUUUGUGCACAGUAAAAAUAUUAGAAGGCAUAGUUUUGCCAUUGGUGAUAUCGGUGAUAGUGGUGGCAAGUUUGAUCCGCCACCUGUACCAGCCGCCGGGCGCCACGCACUGGACCGAGAUGUACUUCCUACAGGUCAUUGCGGCGAUUCUGCCAUUGCUACAAAUUAUCUUCCCCAUCGCCUGGGUCACGUUGAAUUGCUAUGGACUUGCAAGGUUUAAACUCCUCUCAGAGACUCGUCAAAAAUAUACGCGUCCAAAAUCUUGUUCUAUAUCGGAAGACGCGAGUGAUCCUCUGAUACAGGCUCUUAGCGAGUCUAGUCUCAAACCACAAGUUUUACGUUCUUUGGGUAAAACAUUCUGGAACAUUCUUUUUGGAAGAGAGGAUAUGGUGUGUCGGACUGCUAAUAUCGUACAUGUGUUAGGAUCGUUAUCGGCUCUAUGUUGUGUGGAUAAAAAAGGUAUUUUGUCAUGGCCCAACCCGACCGCAGAAAAAGUGUUUUUUCUCAGAAACUCCAGUCCAACGUCUCAAAACUCAAGCAAAACGAGCCUUGUGACGUCCAUGGGUCAUCAGAGUCAGACGAAUCUAGAUCAAACAGAUGAUGUGAAACCAAGUCCUGAACCAUCUACUAUCGUAGAGGUGUUAGACCUGACACACGACCAGAACGCACCGUUCCGCGUGGAGUUCGACGAGCAGCGCUGGCGCACGCAUCUGGCGCGCCUCAAGCCGCUGGGGCUGGCCGCGCUGCUCAACACGUGCGCGCGCGCGCCGCGACACACGUACGCGCACUUCUGCGCGCAUCUCACUUGUGAGGCGAAUUAUAGUGAGGAUCUGGUGCCAGUGACGAACAGACGCUGUCUGUGCGAGUUGGCCAAGCAGAUCGGUUUCACAGACUCCGUGGCCGACUCGUACUCAGUACAGGAAUGCCUAGCUUCUUUCCGACACUUGCAAGCGGAUACAAUAAGGCGAGAGACGCGGUUCGUGCGCUCGCUGCACCUGAACACGCGCGUGAAGGUGCCGCUCCCGCACAUGUUGGCGGUCAUCGUGAAGGACCAGGCCAACCAACUGCAAAUGUUGACACAGGGCACAGCAGACAUAAUCCUGGACUCGUGUGUAGACUACUGGAACGGCCGCGACCUGACGCCCAUAUCGCCCUCCGACCGUAAGAAGAUCAUCGACUUCUACCAGAGGAACUCGCUCACGGCGUAUUGUACUGCUUUUGCUUACAAGCCGCUGACGCGCGGCAUCGCGGCGCCGCUGGCGGCGCAGUACCUGGAGCUGCCGGCCGACAGCCGCCCGCUGUACGCGCCGCGCGCGCGUCCCUGGCACGACGCCUCCGCGCUGCACUUCCAUUCUACUGAUUCAUUGCUAUUUAACGAAGUAACGGACGACGACGUCAGCGAUGCUGACGGAUAUUUUGACAUGCAAUGCAAUCAGGUAUUCAUAGGCAUGGUGACGAUGCAGUACCAGGCGCAGAGCGACAUGGUGGAGCUGAUCGAGCGGCUCGAGCGCGCCUGCAUCCGCUUCGUGCACUUCAGCAAGGAGAACGAGCUGCGCUCGCGCGUGUUCAGCGAGAAGGUGGGCCUCGAGUCCGGCUGGAACUGCCACAUAUCGCUCAUGAGUGACCAGCGCAGCAAGCCGAGCUCACCGCUGUCGUCACACGCUCGGGAACGCCAUAACACCGCCUCGCAACUCGCUAGGCCCAAUACGGAUUAUCUUUAUAGUGGCAACAUAUCAUCGUCUAAGGCUAUAUCAAUGUCGGCGCCUGGAGCCAUCAAUGUGGAACACACUACAGUCAAAUUUACCGACGAAAUUAAGAAGGCGAGACACUCUAUAACUACGCAUAGCUCAUUGAAGCCGGCGAGCCAGGCGUCCGCGGACUCGCUGCUGGCGGCGGGGGAGUCCCCGCCCGACGCGUGCCGCUCGCUCUCCUGCCUCACGGACUCCACCGACCACACCGCGCCGCUCAACUUCGACAUGAGCAAUCGGGCGAAACUUCCUCGCGGCAUCGAGAACAUUCGCCCGCACAUAGAACAAGUGGACAACGUGCCGCUCUUAGUGUCCCUCUUCACCGACUGCACUGCCAACUCCGUGCAACGUAUGAUAGAAAUAAUGCAGGACUACGGUGAAGUGGUUUGCGUGAUGGGCUCAGCGGCUAACUGUCAGAACAUGGAGAUAUUUAUGCAGGCUGAUGCUAGCAUAGCAGUUGAGCCUUUGUACCCGGUUCUAUGCCAAAAGAUGCCUCCGUACCAAAUACCGCAAGACUGCAUCGGUCCCAUAGAUCUGGCGCGGUCACUCAACUCUGUGCCUUGUUCACUAUCGCUGAAAAACAAAUGGCAAAGUCAGCCGUGCACGAACUAUUGCAACACUCAGAUGACUCGCGACGCGGACGUGUCUCUGUUCGCGCUGAUCACGAUGUCGCGCCACUUCACCGCGUGUCUGUGGAACACCACGCAGUUCUGGAUGUGCAGCUCCUGCUACCUAUCUCUCUUACAGGUGGCGUCGGUGACGGCGCUGGGGCCGGGCGCGCUGAGCGCGGGCGGCGCGGCGUGGGCGGCGCUGGCGGCGGGCGCGCUGGCCGCGGCGCUGGCCUUCGCGCCGCCGCACGCCGCGCUCGUACUGCGCGCCGCCACGCGCCCCGCGCUCGACCUUAGCCCGAGGAUGGCGCUAUUCGUGUUUUGGUGCUACGCGUGCAAGUUCCUGCCUUCGGCCAUAUCUAUCCUAGUCUUAUACGGGCUUACAUUAAGAGAUUUCUGUGAACAAAUAGCAACAGUCACAAACAAAACGUCCUGCUGGCUUGUUUACCCCGUGAAUGUAGGCAACUACAGCAGUAAUGAAGACCUGUCGCUGAAGAGCUGGCACGGGUGGGGAGAUGACUUCUAUGACGCUUUCUAUCUGACUCAGCACAUCGUGUUGGCCUUGAUCACUUUGCAUUUAAUUGUAAUAUCUAUGUCAUUCGUCAAUCGACACUCCUCCAUAUGGCAGGGGAGGUUCUGGUCGAACAGGGUGUGGUGUGUCACAGUAGUGUUAUUAAUAGUGUUCCAAAGCAUUUUCAGCGUGUGCCAGCUGAGCGGCGGCGCGUGGCGGCCGCGCGCGUCUCCCGCGCUGGCCGCCGCCGCCGCCGCCUCGCUGCUGCUCGUGCUCGCCGCCAACGAGCUCAUCAAGUGGCAGGAGAUCAAAGUGGACGCGCGCAAUCAAAGACGAGCCCGGCUGGACUUCGGAACUAAGCUGGGGAUGAACUCGCCAUUU